CUUUCUCCGAAUGAUCCGAAUAAACCAUGGGCUCGUCAGUCUCUCAAGAAAGACCCCCUAGCCCUAAAAGACCUCCGUUGAUUAAGGUUCCUAUUUUUGGCGCUGAAAAAUCGGGGAAAACUUCCUUGCUCUUACGGUUCAAAGAAAACAAGUUCGACGUCUCAGUCCCGGAGACAGUCGCGGCUGAUUUGAAUCUCCUGACCGUAUCAUCAGGGGAACAAGCAGUCCGACAUGCGAUAAUGGACUGCUCGGGUAAAGAACGAUACUGGAUGAUGGUCCCUGCCUUUGCCCGAGACGCAGUGGUUAUUGUGGUAGUUUACGACAUCACAAGCGAAAGUUCAUUGACUAGAACUUUGCGGAUGAUUGAGGACCAGGCCUACCAGGCUACAGUAAAGUCGACAAUUUUCCUAGUGGGGAAUAAAGGGGAUCUCAAAGACGGAUGUGAAAUGGCCGGUUCCAAGGGCGAGGAAGUUGCAAAGAACAAAGGAUAUGUGUUUAUCGAGACGAGUGCUAUGACGGGGCAGAAUGUUCGAUGGUUAUUCGAGGAGAUUUCUCGACGAUAUCUACAGAGGGACGACGGAGAAGAAAACAGCGAGAACAGGUCUGAAUCAAUUAAUUAACCUUAGUGCCGGG